GUUGCGACUCAAGAUACUCGAGAGUUCGUGACGUUAAACUGCCGUUGGCGCGAAACCGGCCGGGUUACAAGAUUUCGUUCUCACAUCAGAAUAUUGGUUGUCACUGAGUAAUUUGACACUUGAAAGGAUUGUGAUUGUACAAAAGUUAUUCACGUGUGACUACAGCUUUGUACAAAGUUCAGCCGGAACAGUUUGCGUCAGUCAGUCAGCCGAAAAUUGUAUCGCUAUGACUCUAAUGCCAAAAGAAUCUGCGAAGUUGGUCGCCACAUUGGCAAAGGACGUGUUCAUCGAGGAAGACGGUGUAAAAAAAUUGGCACUGGCAAUUCUCGACGGUAUUAAGAACGGAAAAGUUUCCUUGGACAAUUUCUCACAAGUGGCAUUUCAUCCUAAAAACGACGAUCCUCGAGCAGCCGAUUGGAUAUUCGUCCUGGACACGCUGAAUUUUUCCUUCUGGACCGACACGGGCGCUGCCAAGUGGAAGGUUAACGGAGAGACCGGUUACUUUGCUUUUUGUGCCGCUAUCAAGAGAGCCAUCGACGAUGGAAAACCGAUGUGGGAUCCUAAGUAUUACUCGCAGAUAACGGAGGAAGAUGCGAAAAUUAUCUUUCGAGGUGACGACGAAACUAAUAUUCCGCUUCUGCAGGACAGAAUUAAGAAUCUGCACGAGGCCGGAAAAGUAUUGUUAGCUAAAUAUCAAGGUACUUUUGCGGAAUGCAUCAAGUCGUGCAAAGGUUCGGCGGAAAAGCUGCUUCGGUUGAUAGUAGAUGAGUUCCAGUCUUAUCGAGACGAGGCCGAUUACGAAGGUCACAAAAUCAGCAUCUAUAAGAGAGCUCAGAUAUUGAUCGGCGACAUAUGGGUGUGCUUCAAGGGAUGUGGACUCGGCGAGUUUCACGAUAUCGAUAGUAUAACGAUGUUUGCUGACUACCGUAUUCCUCAGGUACUCGUACACUUCGGCGCGAUGCGUUACAGCAAUACGCUUAUGAGCAAACUAAAAUCUGACGAGCCGUUGAAGCAAGGCGGUAGAGAGGAAGUCGAGAUACGUGCUCUCUCGAUCGAAGCGGUCGAGCAAGUGCGCGACGAGAUACGACGAUUAAUCGAGGCCGAUCCUAAGAUAAAAUUGAACCUAAUAGGGGAUGUCAACGCGAUCAUGGUCGAUCACUUUUUGUGGGAUUAUCGACGAGAGUAUGCUCAGGAACUGGAACGCAUACCAUUCCACAAAACCAGAACUAUUUACUAUUAGUAAACAAAGAAAGAUUGCUGAAAAAUAUAAAAUGUUAUUACUCCGAUACUACCUCUGUGCAAACAUAAUAUGUACAUCUUGGUAUUAUUUUCGUCUUUUUAUCUCAUUAAUACACGUUUUUAUAAAGUUUUGAAACAAUUAGGAUUAAUAAAUUUGUUACUAUUAAAAUUAAUAUGAAUGACGAACUUAUUACAUUUGUCACUUGUCUUAUAAUCUCGAUGUUUAAAUAUUCAUAUGAUUAAAAGAAUAUAUAAAAAUUAUAAUUAAUUCAACAU